AUGAGCUCGCCGCCUUGUAGCAGCAGUAAUGACUACCUGACCGUUGAUUUUAAUGGGCAACAGGAGGAAAAGGUGUGCCAAGUUUGUGGCGCGACUCCGGCUGGAAAUCAUUUUGAAGUGGUGUCUUGUCGACCGUGCAAGUUACAUUUUUCAACAUUACAUUUCGUCGUUAUCGCAAAAUUUUUAAUGUUACUUUCUAUUUUAUUCUUUUGUAAGGCCUCGGGCGCUUUUGCGAAUUUUUUUCUAGACACGGAGAGAAUGAAAAAACGCCAAAAAAAAAUAGCUUUUUAAAUGAUGCUUUACUUGGAAAAUUGGUGUAAUUGUUGUAGCGGAAGCCUUCUGAAACAGCCUAGAACUAAAUAUUAAAAUUUCGAUAAGUUUAAUUUUCCACGUUAUAAUUAUUCCAUUUUCAGGCAGCGCCUUCUUCCGUCGAACUGUUGUCCUCAAUCGGAAUUUUGUAUGUAAACUGAAAGGGGCUUGCCCAAUCAAUAAAAGUAAGUCAGUCCUUUAAAAAACUGUAAUUACUGCGACCCUUCGUCUGUUCUAAUUAAUUAAAAUUAAUCUUCUCUUCCAAGCAACAAGCCAUUUUUUGGAUUAGUACUUUGGUAAGCGAAGAAUUUACGGCAGAGAAACGCUGAAACGUGUUUACUCGACAAAAAGCGAUCAGCCGUUUCAAGUUGCAAAAAUACCGCGGCCAUGACCGUCUCACGUCCUUGGGAGUGACCUUGAAGGCAGUGAAGAAACAAAUCGAUGAUCACCAUGCUAAGGCUAUAAAUUAUUGCUGUUUAGAAAACGGGUGGGCGGGAAAUAGCGCUUUAUUAUACCGCUGGACUGUAAUGGGCUAAAAAUUUUCUUUGCCAAAAUUUCAAAAAUAGACAAUACGCCAGGCAAAGUUUUCGUAUUGUACUUCAAACUUGUUAGCCUGAACUCCCUAUAUUCUUGUGAGCUUGCUCUUUUCAACGUCCAAAAGUCGUAUCUAUCAUAUUUCAGAUAUCCGUUCAAUAUGUUCUCAUUGUCGCUUCCAAAAAUGUCUCAAUCUUGGGAUGUCCCGGAACAGUAAGAAAUAUUUGCAAAGCUGUAAUAACUCCGUAUAUUCACUUACAGAUAUAAACAUAAACUAUGACAAAGCGACCCCGAAAGAUCCCGCGCCAUCUACCUCACAUUUAUCCCUCGUUCCGACGGCCUCGCCCACUCCACUGAUCAGUAAGAUGUUAGAAGGCUACCAGAAGUUUGUCGAUGAAGCUAAGAAACUGUUUUUUGUGUGCAAUCCCGAAGAAUUAUUCUCGGAAGGCAAAGUUUUUAAACCCGGAACAACCGUCGAGUACAUUGUACUGAACCGGGCCCAAUUGGUGUACAUACUGGAAAUGGCCGUAAAUUAUUUUCAUCCAUUCAGAAAUAUUGAUGAAGAGGAUAAAGUGAGCUGAGAAAACUAUCCGAAAAAGUCAGAGUAAUAUAAUUUUAGAAAAAGAUUUUUCGAAGUUUUGAAUUCCGAUUUUCGAAGCUGCACAUGUUUCAUUUGAAUACGUUGUAUUUCCCUGACGACCUUAAUAGACUUGUAACGCAUUACGGGCGAUAUGUGGACAAGGACAAUCAGGAGAGCUUUUUCAGACAUGACACUGAUCCGAAGCAAAGCUACCGGUAAGUUAAGGUAACAAACGGGAGAAUAGAAGGUAACCCAAACAUUUACAGGACUUUGAUCGAAACCCAAACACGGCUUUUUACAAUCUCCGCCAAAUUCAAAAGAAUGAAGGUGGACGAAGUCGAGGUCGUGGCAAUGGCAGGGCUGAUAAUGUGGAAAGAAGGUAAUAAAAAAGUUUGAAUAAUAUAGUAGGCUUGAUCUCCAGUCUGAAGAUUUGCCCAAUUUCUAUUGAUUGAAAUCGAAAGAUUGUCACAAAAGAAUUUCUUGUGGCUUUUGGUUAAAAAAAAAAUAUUUUCAUAAUUUUUGCGAACAUUUUGCUUGAAGGAAAAUCAAAACUGAGCGGACACCUUUGAGGCGUUUUCCUUUUGCUACGAGUUACCUUGUGCUUUCAUUGAGGUUUGCGCUGAAUUUUUUUAUAUAAAUUAGAGUUCCUAAAUAUUUCAAAACUUUGGACAUAGCCACGAAAGCCCUAACAAAUUUGUUUUUUUAGUCCAUUACUACUUCAACGACUACCGUUACAGCAACAUUGUCGAUAAAAUUCUCUCCGAACUGUUGUGGUAUGAGAAACAAAAAAUUGGUGAAAGAGACUACAAGACUCGCUUCGGUUUGAUAUGCUGCAUCCUCCGGGAUAUCGAAGAGCUUUCCAUAAUGCUUCGGGAAUCCAUUCUCAUAGGUAAAAUGAUUAAUACUUACGGAGUUCCGAGGAUGUCGGAAUUGGAAAAAUAUAAAAAGUAA